UGCCACCUCCCUCAGACUACUUUAGGUCCUGCUCAGAGUCCAGGAGUCCAGGCAGCCUGGAAGACAGGAGGAGUUGGAGCCUGAGUUAGAGAGAACGAGGAGAAAGACAGGGUAUGUCCUUGACCCUCUUCAGGAGGUGAGGAUAAGCCGGAGGUCUUUGCUGUCCCUCAGACAUCUACCUGAAGUUCUCACCCAGCCUUUUUGAGGAUGGAACGGUCCACCCAGGAGCUGUUUCUCAACUUCACCGUUGUCCUGAUUACAGUUCUUCUCAUGUGGCUUCUUGUGAGGUCCUAUCAGUAUUGAGAGGCCAUGAUGUGGUCCUGGGAUUGCCUGAGAUGCUCUGAAGCUGCAGUGCCUGCCCCGAAAGCCCACGACUGUCAUCAUCAUGGAUGCCAUGCUUGGCACCCCCAGCACCUCAUACCUGCACUCGCAAUGCCUGACAUACCCCAGUGUUAGGAUUGGUUGUGUGUUCUCUAAAGAUGCUGCUCUCACAGGCUGCCAAGUGUCUGCCAGUGAGCAUUAGAUUUAUUCACCAACUCUUCUGCAAAUGUGUUAGACAAGCGACAAGGUUAAAAUUAAACUGGAUUCAUGAUGAUGUGGAAUCAUAAGCCCCUGAUUUGUCUCACCAUACAUCCCCCCCACCCACACUGUCUGUAACCAAACUCUAAUUCAACCCACCAGAAAUGUUAGAGGAAGUCUUUGUUAGUUCCUCCAGCUCUCAUGUGAAUAAAGUUAAAUCAUCCACAAAAACAA